AUGACAACCGCACAGCAUAUGCCUGCCAAGGCUUACAGCACCGAUAAUGUGCACCACCGACCGAAAGGUAUCCUAAAGAACUCUCGCUCAUUCCAACACGUCCCCAUCUCUGAAACGGUCAGCGCUCCGCCCGUUGUGCCCUCAUCUGUUCCGGAAUCUGCCGACACCAAAGAGUUGACACUUCAGAACACUCUGCAAAACGCGGGCCCGAGACGUCGGUCUUCAUCCGGCACCCAGGGCUCAGCGUCUCGCCGGCAGUCUGAGGCUAGCAUGAUGGACGAUGACAACUCUCCCCGUCUGAAGUGGGAUGAGGCGAAUCUGUACCUGACGGAACAGGAGCGCACAGCGAAGAUGAAGAUCGAUGAGCCCAAGACCCCAUACGCCCCGCACUACGACCCGGCCGAGGAUGACGAGGAGAUGCGCAUGGAGGAUGCGAAGGAUACCUUGAUCGAUGCUCAAGGCUUGAUGGUUGACGAACUCGACAAGAGUAACAAUGUACACAGGAAGGGCAUGUCAGAAGACGAUAUCCCGGACUUGGAACUCGGCGAGCCGGAGGAGGCUCACGACGAGGGCGAAAACUCUAUCCAGGACCCCCGCGUUUUCCGCCAACGGAGCAUGAGCACUGAGUCUCAAAAGAGCGCAAAGCAUGUUCACGUUGGGACUGGAACAAAUGGCGAUGCCGUGCCUGGUGACGAUGGUCUGCUUACGACCGAAGAGGCGAAGGAGAAGCACCGACUGUUUGAGAAUCAACGAAAGAGACAUUACGAGAUGAGGAACAUUAAGGACCUUCUUGCUCAUCCCGAAGAUGUGGAUGAGAUGGAAGAGGAGGAGGAUCGGACCGAGCCCGGUCCCCCUCCCUCCAUGCCACAGAUGCCGGAACGCUUUCGCAGUAGCCAUUAG